UUCGUUAUCGACGCGAGUAGAAGCCCGGCGGAGGGCAGUGUCAAUCAAUCGUUUCGCGUUCGGCGGCGUGGUGUUCGUCAGGUCGGGACCUCGGGACACCACCACAUCGACUAUCGGCUCCUCCGUUCUACUAUUCUAACGCGAUUCAGUAUUCAGUUUCGUUUCGCCAGCACCGAGUACUAUUACGGGGUGAGGUGAGAUUUGCAAAGUGUGGCCGAGAACGUCCUCACAAAGUGCGUCGCAUGCAAGUGCCGAAGCGUGAUAUGGAACAGUGAGGCUUUGCCGUGGUCAAAACGGACAGGCGAGAUCUGGCCGCGCGUCAUGGGAUUGUGAAAGGAAUCGGGAACGCGCAAGAAGAUGGCAGGAAGUGGGAAAAGGGCCAGGGAUACAACGCUCACGCCCGGUUGUCACGACGCCAUGUUUCGCCGAAGUGGUCUACCGAUGUCGAGUAUCCCGUUGACCGUGCUCUGCUUUUUCGUACUUAUCGUCGCCGGCCUCGACGAACCCGGAGCUGAAAAGGUAGAAGCUACCGAGCCAAAAAAUGAGAAUCCAGCGGUGUUAGAAAUUACAGCAUCUCAGGAUUUAGAGGGUAUAGAGGCUGGUAGUACACCGUCUCUGAUAUGCAAGCUCAAUGUACCCGGCCAGAUAUGGUGGACCAGUAAUGGAAAGAAUCUCACUACUAUUAAAGAUUAUGAUGCCGGAGAACGUUUGGAUAUUAAGCACGCUAGUAGAAACGAUACGGGAGACUAUAAAUGCACGGCGCAAACUGCAGAGGGGGAUUUGUUGGAGAAAGACGUUCAUAUCAGAGUCAUUGAGCCAGGUAGAAUAACCGCAGGACAGGACAUUAGGGUAAAAGUAAUGGAAUCGGCUAACUUGACAUGCCACAUGCACGGCUAUCCAUUAUCUCAGUUCGCUUGGCUGAAGGGAAACGAUUCGGAGAGCAUCGAGCAUUUGAAGGAUUUUACCAAUAUCACACAAAUAAACGAGACUCUGACUGUGCUCACGUUGGAGUUUAAGAGUUUGACGCGGAAAGAUAACGGAACGUACAUUUGCAAGGCUCGCGAUUACAGCGGUGAAAUUAGCGCGUACAGGCACCUCUUUGUGAUCGACGUACCGAAAGUGAGCAUCGAUUUUAUGAAAGCCGUCGGUGCUGGAAGUAUAUUUCUGAACUGGACCGUCGACGACGGAAACGAGCCGAUUAAAACAUAUAUCAUCCAGCAUAUGAAGAACGGGACGAAUCAAUAUCAAUAUUAUUCCGAGCUGAUCGGAGGCGGUAAUUCGAGUUACGUUUUGAAAGGUUUCGAAAGCGGUACAGCGUAUCAGAUUGGAAUCAGUGCUUCGAACGCUGUGGGCACGUCGCACGCGCGACUCGAUCCACGUUGGAUCACUACGCUAGAAAAAGAUCCUAUAUUUGUGCCAAAAGUCUCUGUUAACGGAGUCACGGAGAACUCUAUCACUAUAGGGUGGACAGUGCCACCUCCGGAUUUGAAAGAACACGUUCAUUAUUAUAAUUUAAUGGCCACGCACAAAGAUCAGAAAAGAGAGGCGAUGUAUCCGGCGCAGCCGCUUACCGUGUACGCGUUCGUGGAUCUUGAUCCCGCGACCACGUAUAAGUUCAAAAUCGCCGCAUGCAGCGAAUACACAAAGGAAUGUGGAAACUGGAGCGCCGAAGUGAACGGCACUACUCUAGACGGAGUGGCAAGUCCUCCUCAAAAUUUGUCGGUGAAUUGUCGAUACGACAAUAUAAGUAGCUCCAGCUCAAUUUUCAUCACGUGGGUUCAUCCGGAGAAGCCGAACGGUGAUAUUACUCGCUAUAACAUACAGCUGACCGGUAUCGCUAGAUUUAAGAACGAAAUGGGUCGUUUGGACAUCGAUACUUGGGGACCCCAGAAUUGGAGCGUCUACAAAAAGAAUAACACGAACUUCAAUCAGAUACCACCGAAUACGAAUUACACCGUCCGCGUGAACGGUGUGACCAGAUCUCGUACACCCGGAAAGGAUGCUGUUGGUAAUUGCAGCACCCCGGUUACUGUACCGGACAAGGACAAUUUGAACAUGCGAUCGUGGCGGAAGAUCGAGAAUCAGGGUAAACAGUUGUUUAAGCUGUAUCUUCCGCGUAUCACGGAAAGGAACGGACCUAUAUGUUGUUACCGAGUGUUUCUCGUAAAAUUGCCACCUCAGAAGAGCGUCACGGACUUACCAUCACCUGAGAAGAUCGGCGUGUAUUCGUAUCAAUAUGCUCACAAUUCGCCUGCCGGCGGUGCUUAUGUCGCCGAGACAUUCGACAGCGAUCGAUUGGUAUCGGAGAUUUUCCUCGGCGACGGUGAAUCAUUCACCGGUAGUAACAUGUGCAACAAAUGUAUUGGACUUCGGCCAAAAGCUGCUCCUCCGGUAUUACAUUUUGUUCCCGAGGUACCAACGACUACGCCAGCAUUUAAUACGACGUCUGCUACCACUACAACACCAGCGACGUCGACUACAACAUUUUCUCCGACGACAACGCCGGCUACUACCCAGAAAAUAGAGACAACUAUCGCGAAUCUAGUGGAUACCAAUAAUACGGGAACAGUGGAGAGGAGAAAGAGAGAGAAUACGGUAACGGAGAAGACGAAUAUCAAUGAUGCUACUUCGGAUUUAUUAACGAUUGUUCCACAAGACGGUUUCUUGGAUGAGAAAUCAAAUUACACGGGUUUCAUCGAAGUUAUCGUGUACGGAAAUGAAGAGGAUCAGCUCUUGCCAGCUUAUAGCAAUUACUUCAAUCCCUUGUAUGGAGGACUAGACCCCAUAGUUGUAGUGCCAACGGAAGUGACCACACUUAGUAUAAUUCUGCAAAUUUCCAUUGCCCUCAUACUGAUCAUCAUUAUUCUUCUCAUCGCGCUUUGCGUGUUGCACAGAUACACGAAACGUGCGCAACAGAGAGGGGAAGAGAUUAUAACACUGAGGAACAGUUUCAGUAAAUAUUUUUAUUUUAAUAGACAUUUGUGCAGAAGCCUUAGAGGAAGACAUCAACUGGUAGCGGCAAGUCCACCGGAUAUGCCUCCCAUUCCCAAAAACGAGCUGCUCCAGGCGUACCUCGAGCGACACCGAGACUCCGAUUACGGGUUCCAACACGAGUUCGAGCUGCUCCCGGACAGAUUUACGGAUCGUACGACGAGAGCUUCGGAGGCACGCGAGAACCUGUACAAAAAUCGGUAUCCGGAUAUAAAGUGCUACGAUCAGACCAGAGUGAGGCUCGCGCAGAUGGACGGGAUCUGCGGGUCGGAUUACAUAAACGCGAACUUCGUGCUGGGAUACAAGGAACGGAAGAAAUUCAUAUGCGCUCAAGGCCCGAUGGAGAACACCGUUUGCGAUUAUUGGCGAAUGAUCUGGGAACAACACCUCGAACUGAUCCUCAUGCUGACGAAUCUAGAAGAAUAUUCGAAAACGAAAUGCGCGAAAUAUUGGCCGGACAAGGGCGAGACCAAGAACUUUGGCGACAUCACGGUCGAACAUGAUCGCGAACGGGCUUACUCGGAUUACGUGGUGCGCGAGUUGAAGAUGACGCGAUUAGGAGAACGGGACGCGCGCACCAUCGUUCAGUAUCACUUCUUGGUGUGGAAGGAUUUCAUGGCGCCGGAGCAUCCGCACGCGAUACUGAGGUUCAUCAAGAGAGUAAACGAAGCUUAUUCGUUGGAGAAAGGGCCGAUCUUGGUGCACUGCAGCGCGGGCGUCGGGCGAACGGGAACGUUGGUCGCACUCGAUUCGCUGUUACAACAACUCGCGGAAGAGGGUCAAGUCUCGAUUUUCAAUACAGUGUGCGACCUGAGACACCAGAGGAACUUCUUAGUGCAAUCUUUGAAACAGUAUAUUUUCAUCUAUCGCGCGUUGAUGGAAAUGGCACAGUACGGAGACACGGAGGUACCGGCGUCUCAGCUCAAAGCCACGAUCGCGAGAUUAAGACAGAGAGACAACGGGAAAGAGAAGUGCAGAAUGGAAGAAGAGUACGAUAAAAUCAAUUCUAUAUUAGAAGACAGAAAAUCGUUCUCUGUCGGCGGAGGCGAGGAGAACAAGAGCAAGAACAGAAGCGAGUUAAUUAUACCUUACGACAGGAAUCGAGUGAUUCUGACACCCGUUCCAGGUCGGGAACACUCGACGUACAUAAACGCAUCGUUUAUCGAGGGCUAUGACAAUUCCGAGUCGUUUGUUAUUACUCAAGACCCGCUUGAAUCUACAAUAGCAGACUUCUGGCGAAUGAUCUUGGAACAGUGCAUCUCUACGAUAGUAAUGUUGUCCGAUCUAAACGAGGGCCCAAGAAAAUGUCCGCGGUACUGGCCCGAUGACGAAGUCGUGUACGACCAUAUAAGAGUCAGAUACAUUCAGAGCGAGAGCUGUCCGUAUUACACUCAUCGCGAAUUCUGCGUGUCGAACACGAAGACAGACGAGAACGUUGCCGUGACACAGUAUCAAUAUCACGGAUGGCCAACGGUAGAGGGAGAAGUACCUGAAGUCACCCGUGGUCUCAUCGAACUCGUCAACCAAACGCUUACGAACGACACGACGGAAUCGAGUGGCCCGCUAGUAGUGCACUGCAGUUUUGGAUCCGACAGGAGUUCCAUGUUCGUCGCUCUUAGUAUAUUGGUCCAGCAACUGAGGACCGAGAAACGCGUAGACAUUUUCACGACGACUAAAAAACUGCGUUCACAGAGACACGGCAUGAUCAGCAGCUUUGCGCAGUACGAGUUCUUACACCGUGCUAUCGUGAACUAUUCGGAUCUUCAUAAUUUGGCCGACGACGAACCAGCGUCUUAAUAUCACAGUACGGAACACCUCGACGAUGUUUGGUGAACAAAGUGCGUAAAGACAAUUUACAUGCAAAAAGUGUUUGAAAACGUACGAACGCUCAAGGAAACUUAUAUUGGGCCAACCAAAGAAAUUGCUAAUGUAUCGGUGGAAGCAAGUACAAUAUCAUGAAGUUAGACUGAAACGUGCAUGAGCGAUGGUCGAUCUCUGAGAUUUUUUCAUGCACGGAGCAUUACGUGUACCAUACAUAUACCACGAGGUAGUAAACACUUGACAUCUGACAGACUAAUGGAAUUAAAUUAAACACACGAUCGGUUCGACACCAUUAACGAAGAGAGACUAAUCGGCUGAUUGUUAUGAAGUGCAGUACAGUGAAAAACCGAGCACUCGACGACGUUGAACUUGAUUUAUUUUUAUCGCCCUAAGGAAACGAGUGUAUCAUAAAAUUUGGUGAUCGAUGAUGGAACUUUCGACGAAAGCAUUGAGCCAGCAAAGUAAGUGCUUUUUUUAAUUAACAACUGACGGACUGAUGAUUAAAAAGGAGUUAAGCAUGUUUAUAAGAUGAAUAUUCUGACAAAUGGAUCAUAUAGUUCACCAAUCCGAUCGUAUUUUCGUACGGCACGCACGCUGAAAUGCAAAUUGCAUUGCAACAUGGAAAAUAUGGUUCAUAAAAGUUAUUAAACAACUUUUAUGCAUUACAUUUUUCUUCAUUUCAAUACGAUUAAGCACGAAUCGUACAGUUUUUACGAAAUUGAAUUUAAAAACUGAAUUGUAUUCUUCCAAAUAUUUUUACCGGCAUACGUUUCUACCGUUUAUACGUAUUCUACCGUUAGAUCAAACGUUGAUCUACUUAGCGAUUUACAAUUUACCCAUAAUGUCACUCGCAUACAUGUGUGUAAGUUUAUUUGUAAGAUAUAAGUGUCAUACGGAAUCUAGGAAGGCGUGUGUCACGAACGCACGCCGGCGCUAAUUUCUCUUCUGAAGAAAGACUGAUAUUCUUGUUCAGUUCGUGACACGCGAAGUAGAACAGUGAGUACGUACCUCGUUUGUAUAGCAUGAGGAGAAUUGCUGGGUAUUUGUAACACUGGGAAGAAGAAUGAUUUUUUUACUUUUUCAUACAUGAGACGAUUAGGAAUAUAUCUAUUGGUGUGUAUGGCAACUGUGUCCGUAAAUGUGCUUUGUAAGUCACUGACGAAAUGUUACGCAUAAUUGGAGGGCUUACGCGGCACAAUAGGAGUUAGUUUCUAUUCGAGAAUACUGAGAGACAUGGGUAGUUUCGAUUGAUCAAUGAAAUUUCACUCGGCUCACGAGUGAUCGGUGAUUGAAAUGAAAUUGUCUGUACGGUAGGAACUACCUGUAGCCGUCAGUAUUUCACCUCACAAUGAAUAACGCUGAAAAUGAGAAUAAGCUGAUGAGAUUAUUAACGAAUAAGAGAAAGAAAAGUAGAUUCUUUUUUUAGUAGGGAAAUUGUGAAAUCACGCGUUAUAAUGUACAUGUUAUUUCAUCGCACGCUCCUCCUUUUCUAGUCAAGUCUUAUUUCUUGUUUAACUCCGGCACACGCGCUGCUAAGCCAUUCACUUAUGGCAGGGGACAAUCACGUUAAUUAUUUGAUUCGCAUAGUAUCGGUCGACAAGAUUGCUCUCAUUUUUCUUUUUAUUCCCUUUCCAUCUCAGUUUCAUUCCAUUUACGUGCUUAAUGAGAUGCGCGUCCCUAACUCUACUCAAUGUACAUGUGUGUAUUAAUCUGCUCGCUAACCGAGAACGAAUUUAGUUGCCAGUUCGCGCUUUGAUCAUUUCGUAAUUGACAGAGAUCCGAACGAGCUCUGUCUGUGAUUAGAGUCGCUACUAUUUGCCUACGCUGUUAGUAUCGUAUAAUAACAUGAUGGCUAACGAUACGGUAGGGUAUCCGUUUUUAUGAACAUGAACGAACCAAUUACGCCAAUUGAAGUGUUUUUAAAAAAGAGUGCAAAGUGCCUACGAAUUUCCGCCUACUGUACUUUUCUACGCUCUCACACCAUCCAUCAUAUUUUUGUUUCUUUUAUAAUCAAUCUUUUAGUAAAUCUGUUGGUCAUAAAAAUUUGCAGGGGAACCGUACGGUGGAAAUUCUUAAACAUUUUGUGUAUUAGCCGUACAAUAAUUUUGGUGGAGAUCAAUCAACAAAUCGAGAUGAAUCGAGACGCACAAAUAAGCAUGUAAACAAAUCUCAUGGACCUAUUAUAUUUUUUAUCAUAGGAAUGACAAGGCACAGCGCCUCACCUUGUAAUAAACGGUUUUUUCUUUUAAUUUAUAUUACGAUCAGUGAGAGAAUAGGUGAUGCUCGAGUACGAGAGGAUAACUGUUAUUCGUGAGAUCUGCGAUAUACAUAUAAUAAUUAAUUAUGAUUUUUAAUUAUUUAAUAAGAAUCCUGCGCAGAGUUAUUUUAGUUUUUUAUCAUGUAAGGCAGAUGCAUAUUCUAUGCACACGCGAGAACCCGUAAUUCAGAACAAGCAUCAUCGAUGUCAAACGCGAUGUAAGAUUACAAAAUUCCAGUGACAAUUUUGUAAUAUACUGUAGUUCGCAUUGUUUGUUCUUGUUACUCGUUUCUCUUAUGUACGCGUGUAAAGGAGCAUCGACAUUUUUACAGCCAAUGUAUGAAUUAGAGGGAUUAAAAGCCUUGUCGUAAGUUAUA